ACAGCUAAAUUAUGAUAUCGAUACUUCAAAAAGCAUUUUUACAGCAGACGAUAAUUUGGCGUCAUUUCAUUAGCAAACUGUUAAGGUUAGCCUACACUAAUGGACACGAGCGAGAAAACUCUCAAAGGUAUUUGAGAGGUGUAUAAAUUAGUUUAAAAAUCAGGCACGGCGUAGUUACAAUUAAUAUGGUUAUAAAAUCCUGUCUGUCUGGUUUAUUUCGGACUUUACUAAAGAUUGGGUCUAUUUGAUGUUUUAAAAAUUUUCGGUAACUAAUUGAAAAUUAAAAAACAAGCCAAAACAAUUUGGUUUUCACGUGUAAUGGAGACAUAAACAAAGCCAUCUUGCUCUCCAAUAGGCUAGCAUAAAUUAUAAGCAAAAUACCGCACAUGCGCCGUGCAGGUAAGUACUAUUUUUAGUUACGUAGCUUAGCAGUAGCAGACGCGAUAAACAAUGAUGGCGGCGAAUGAUGGUCUUGUUGUUGGUAAAAAAAUUAGCCCUAUUGAAGAACAGCCUUUAUUGUUACUUGAUUUUACUUAUGUAAACAUUAUCCACUAUUGUGAUUUUUUAAACGAUGUCCACUUCUGUAAUAAUAAUUACAGAAAAGCCUUAUGCAAAGGCCAAGAAUUGUUUAAAGAUAAAUUUGUGUCUGGUUUGAAAUUUAAAGAGAAUGAUGACUGCUUUGAUAUAUUUUGUACGGUGAAAGCCGAGAUGGCAAAGAAAAAAUUCUAUGAAGUUUCAACAGUGAUUGAAAAGAAUGGAAAAAUCAGUGACGGUGAAUGUGAAUGCCCAGGAGGUAAAAAGCCAGCAUGCUGUAAACAUCUUUUUGCUUUAUUGGCUGCUGUUGAAGACUACUGUCGGAAAGAACUUUUUUCAGCGCCGACAGAAAAGCUACAAGUUUGGCAUCAGCCAAAACCAGUACAAGUGUCUCCCCAGUUAACUGUCAGUUCUUUUACAACUGGGACUAAACAAAAAUCGCAUUUUGAACCAGCAAAUCUAAAUAUUAAUUUUAAGGCUUGUGAUUUAUUGCCACCAAAUUUAGGAAUUUUUCAAGCCCUGAAUUUACAUGAAAAUAUUGACUUUCUUGAUAAAUUUAUGUAUCCUAAAACUAUACAACUGCCUUAUGUUGAAAAUGAUGUAUGUAGUAACAAUGAUUUUUCUAAUGUUUCUUUGACACUUAGUCAAAUAUUAUUCUAUCAUAUGCAUGUGCAUCAAAAUUUAAAUUCUAUACACAAACUAGAGUAUAACACUAUGUCACAAAAUUGUGAUUUAUGGCAUAGUGCCAGAAAAAUAAGGAUAACAGCUUUAAAAGCACACAACAUUAUACACAGACAAAACAAUUUUAAAGAUUUGGCUGUGAAAUUUAUUACAGAUUCAAAAGUUAAUUUAGAUCAUGUCUUGCCAAUACGUUUAGGGAAGCAACGUGAACCAAUGGUAAAAAAUUUGAUUAAAAAUACUUUCAAACAAUAUUAUUUUAGAAAUACAGGCUUCAUUAUUCACCCAGUACACAAUUUUAUAGGAGCUUCACCAGAUGGACUACUAUAUCAUACAACAGAAAUAAUGUUAGUGGAGAUAAAAUGUAUUUUCAACCCACAGAGAUACUCUUUAGAAGAACUUUGCAGUAAAAGAAAACAUUUUUUUUUAACUAAUGACAGUGGCAACAUACACUUAAAUAAAACACAUUCUUAUUACACACAAAUACAAUUUCAAAUGUUCUGUGCUAACAUUCAUUCAUGUCAGUUUGUUGUAUUUUAUGAUUUUAAAAAGUCUUUAUUUUUUGAAAAAAUUGAAUAUGAUAAAGAAUUUUGUGAAUCAAAUUUAAAAUUACUGUCACAUUUUUAUUUUAAUUUCUAUUUGCCAGAAUUAGAUAAUAUUGAAAACUUGGCAUAGAUUACCACUGAAUGUUUCAUAUUAU